AGGCGGGGACUGUGGGGUGGAGCGGCCACCAUCUUGGAGCGGGAGGCGGAGCGGAGCCGACGGGGAGCGACCGGGCCGCUGUCGCCGCCAUGAACCCCGAGUAUGACUACCUGUUCAAGCUGCUGUUGAUUGGUGACUCGGGUGUUGGGAAGUCUUGCCUGCUGCUACGAUUCGCUGAUGACACGUACACGGAGAGCUACAUCAGCACCAUCGGGGUGGACUUCAAAAUCCGAACCAUCGAGCUGGACGGCAAAACCAUCAAACUGCAGAUCUGGGAUACGGCGGGGCAGGAGCGGUUCCGGACCAUCACCUCCAGCUAUUACCGCGGGGCCCACGGCAUCAUCGUGGUGUACGAUGUCACUGACCAGGAGUCCUACAGCAACGUGAAGCAGUGGCUGCAGGAGAUCGACCGCUACGCCAGCGAGAACGUCAACAAGCUUCUGGUGGGGAACAAGAGCGACCUGACCACCAAGAAAGUGGUGGACAACACCACCGCCAAGGAGUUUGCCGAUUCCCUGGGCAUCCCGUUCCUGGAGACCAGCGCCAAGAACGCCACCAACGUGGAGCAGGCCUUCAUGACCAUGGCGGCCGAGAUCAAGAAGCGGAUGGGCCCCGGGGCCGCCUCGGGGGGCGAGCGGCCCAACCUCAAGAUCGACAGCACCCCCGUGAAGCCCGCCGGCGGGGGCUGCUGCUAGGGGGCGGGGGCUGCCGUUCAGGGGCCGGGGUCGGGGCCGACGACCGGCCCCGUCUCCCCUCGGAUGAUGCCCUCGAGGAAGGGAGGGAGGGGGCCUGCCCGGCCCCUCCGCCUCACCCCCGCAGGGUGUGUGAUUCUGCAGCUUCUGGGGGUGACUCCUGCCGCACCCCCCGCACCCCCUGACCCCCGCGCCCAGUCAGCGCCGGGCUCCCGGAGCCGUCUCGGUGGGGGGCUCCCAGCGGGAAAGUAGGGACGCGUUCGGGGCCCCCACCCCCGCCCCCCCAAGUCACUUUAAGGUCCCCCCUCCUCUGCCCCCCUCCUUCUCCUGCGGGUGGGAGGGCCUCCGCCUCUCUUCCCGCUUUAUUUAGGCCCCCCCUCCCCCUCCCCCACGUCUUUCUCCCCCCACUCAGCCCCGCUGCCCUCCGGUCUCCAGGGUCCGGGGGGGAGGGUGGGGGGCGGCUGGGACCGGCAGGAAGGGGUGCCGCCCGCGUGGGAAGAGGACGGGGGCCGGGGCCCUCCCUCCGGCCCCGCGCCCCUUCCGGCCCGCCGCCCCCGCCCGCACACCCGCGCUCUGUCGGCCGACCCGGUGGGGCUUCAGAAAUCCGUCCAGGUUCGGGCCCUCUGGGGUCUGAGCACAAAAGCCAAACGGGUGUGGGCGGUAGCAGUUCCCCAUAGGAACCGGUGCCCGGUGGGGGGGUCCCCCUUUCCCGCCCCCACCCUCACACACACGGCCUUCCGGCCCGCGGGAGCCCGCUCCCCCGCCCGCCUCACCUUCCGUCCCCGCCGGGCCGCGGGGGAGGCGGGCGGGCACGGACCCUUAACCCCCUCGGCUCCGGGCCCGGCCCGCGGCCCGAUCCGGCCCUCGGGUUCCCGCCUUGGCCCCGGGAGGGGGCUUGGGGCUCCCCUUCCCCUGUCCACCGGGCUGCGGCCCCUGCCCUCCCGCCCCAUCUGCCCACGUCAGUCCUUCCUGGCUGGGACCGAAGUCCAGGCCUAGGGGGUGGGGUCCCCCCAGUCUGCUGGGCCCCGCCCCACCCCCCCGCAGCCCCAGAUAGCGUCCUCAGCUCUAUAGGAAUCCGGGUCUGGGGGUGUCUCUCUCCCCCCCCGCCCCGGGGAGCAGCGGGAUCUUGUCUUGGGGCCUUUCGUCGCUCAGCCCCCUUCCCCCCUUUUCUGAAGCUGACAGAGCCCAGGGUUUGGUCAGAGGCAAUGGAAAUCUCUCCGUCUCUUCUAAAAAGCCAUGAGCCUCAUCUGUUGCCUCUCCCUCUGCCUCCGUCUCUUUUUCCACCCCUCCCCAUAUAUUUAAGUACUCUGGUGGGGGCCCGGGGCAGCCCCGCUCGGUGCACCCAUGUUCUCCCCGCCCCCCCCCCCCCCAUCCUCCCCCUGUGUCACGGGCGUUUUGCAAGGAAAAGCCACUUGGAAAAGGACAAAAAAAUCGUCAAUAAAUCUCCACGGCCCUCGGGAGAGCCGAGGGGUUUUGCAAGGAA